AUGGUUCCAAGGACAAAGAGGAAGAACUCGAGGUUGCUUAAGGACGAGGGACAAAGAAGGAGAGAAGACGAAGAAGCAAGAGAUGUCAAUGAAUCGGUAGAUCACCUUCUUUUUGAAUGCCCCUUUGCAAAGGCAGUCUGGUAUGGGAGCACUCUUUCCUAUGCUCCUCCAUCUGAUAGAGCACCAAGAUUAUUAGAUUGGUUGAAGAGUUGGGACCUGUUGGGGGUUCAAGACAAGAAACUUGCUCGAGAAACUCUCUCUCGUGCAUCUUUUCUAUACUGGUACUUGUGGCGUGCACGGACCGAUGGGUUUUUUAGGACAAAGGAUUGGACUCCACAAGAGGUUAUUUCUACUGCAGAAAGGGCAUUCCUAGAGUUUCAUUCGGCCGUUGUUGUCCCAAAUUCUUUGCCCGUUACUUCACCUACCACUAACACUUCGGAAUAUGGAAAGUGGGAGGCCCCACCCAGGGGUUUUGUGAAGGCAAACUGUGAUGCUGCCCAUCCACAGGGAGGGAUUUCUGGUGGACUGGGUAUUAUCUAUAGGAAACAUGAUGGGCAUCUCCAUAAAGCACUCUCCAUCUCUCAACCCUUUGCCUCUGCGAUUCAAGGAGAAGCUCUAGCUAUUAGAACGACGCUUUCGCAGGCUCUCGGUUAUGGCUACGCCCGUCUUCUAGUUGAAUCAGAUUGCAAGCAGGUCAUCGAUUAUAUUCAAGAUCCACGCAGUUUUCCUCCAGGCGAGGUUGCAGUAGUUAUUGAGGAUGUGCACAAGUUAUGUUCUUCUUUUGCUUCUAUAUCUUUUCACUUUAUUCCACGGGCUAUAAACUCUAUUGUAGACGUCCUAGCAAGGAAGGCCUUAUCCAUCAUGUGUAGGACAGACUGGUCGAUUACCACUCCAUGGCUUCAGGACCUUUGUGUAAAUGAGGCUAUUGGCUGUACACAUGGUUAUUUCCAUCAGUAA